GACCUCGGCGCAUGUCUAGUCUCUCACUGAGAUUGCUAUAGUGCAGAUUGAAUAUUACGUCUUUGUUUCACUGAUCUUUUAAUCGACAUGCCUCCUAAGAGAGUAGGUGACAAGAAGACCACCAAGAAACCAUCAGACCAUCCAACCUACAUACAAAUGAUCACAGCAGCCAUCACAGCACUCAAAGACCGUUCCGGCAGCUCGAGGCAAGCCAUUCUCAAGUACAUCAAGGGCAAUUACAAGAAUCUCACCAAUCCAGAAGUCCACCUUAAAAUGGCCCUAAAGCGAGGUGUCACAAGCGGUAAACUCGUGCAUUCCAAAGGAAUUGGCGCUUCCGGUUCGUUCAAACUCGCACAAAAAGCAACCACAACAGUUAAGCGGCCAGCAGUCAAAAGCAGACCCAAGAAAACAGCCACGGCUGCAGCAAAAAAGCCAAAACCAAAGUCACCGGCCCGAAAACCGGCAGCUAGUAAAGCCAAGAAGUCGCCGACCAAGAAGAGGAGUACGCCUCUAAAGAAAAAGCCAGCGACUAAGAGAAAGACUCCGGCAAAGAAACCAGCUGGGGGUAAGAAGCCGGCUGCGAAGAGGACGACGAGCAAGAAAGGCAAAAAGUGACAGUAGAGUAGAGAGAGGCGGGACGACUUUACCUUUAGAAUACUUGUACAGUUUAGCGUGUGUCUGGUUGUUGUAAUGGAACAGUUAGUACUAGCUGGUAGGUAACAGCAGAUUUCUUUUUUUGUAACACGCUCUUCUUAAAAUG